GUUCCGAACUGUGAUAGAACUUGACAUGUCGGAAACGCAUCGCUGGGCGAGCUUUUCUAUGCAUCCCUCUACAAACUCCAUUGGCACUACGAGCUUCACAUGGCGGGACGCCGCCUGGUCGCCACCGAAUAUCUCAACUCAUGGGUAUCUUAAACCUUUAAAUUCAGCAUAUUACAUGUUCAAGGGCCAUAUAGAUGCGCGCUAGCAACAUUGAGUAGCAAUCAUGAACUUGGGAUAUGGACGCCAAAUAACAAUUAUUUGCACGGAGAAUGGAGCAAGGCAUGGCUGAUCUAUGGCACGCUGGAUGCCUAUUGAAAUUUCAUCCAAGAUUCAGGACUUAACGGAGCUGCUCAGGGAUUUGGCAUGUUCGGUCUUUCCUGAUGAUACGCCUGACGUCGAACAAAAGCGGGUUUUGUUCUGCCAAAUCAAUUGGUUCUCAUUCACUGAUGACUUUCAUAGGCAGGACACCAAAGGAUUGCACUUUUUUGGCUUCCAUCAGUUCUCCGAAGAGUGGAUAUUAAAGUUGGCAUGGUCAGACUGGUCCUACAGCGAAGAAGGACGUGGUACAUGGCUGAACACAUUGUCCAGUGAAGGAACCUUGGCGAUUCUCACUUCUCGUCAUAUCCCCCUUUGUGUCGCCUUUGUGUGCAGCAUGGAGAAUGGGAUAGUGUCGAUGAAUAUUGACAGUGGUUCGUGGACCUAUGUCAUGGACAAUGACACACGGACAGUCACUUCGCUCAAGUGGACAAGAAUCAUCGGUAGUGCUCAGAUGCUGGUUUACACGAGACCUGGAACGGUGCAUUUUGCACGUCAUAGCGACGGCGGGCUUAUUGCUGUCUCAAUGCCACUAUCCUUGGUUGCUUCUAUUCCUGGGGCUUCAAAUGCAUCUCCCGUUUCUGGACUACACUACUACGAACAUCACGAUAUGCUAUUGAUCAUUUUGCAGGAUGGAUCAUUCCAGACAAUCCGCAACGUAUCUGAGAAUCCAACGGUAUCAGGUCUAUAUGAUGGAGAAAUCGAAACAUUUUCAUUGACCCGAAUUGCUCGGGAAGUGUUCGUUGAAGCUGAACGAGGCGGGGAAGAAAAACCCCACCGAAAGGAGGUCAUGCAACUUUUUGGCGUUGCUCCUCUUGGGUCAUUUGGUUCAGUGGUAUGGGUGCAUGAGGCGAAACGGCCUGACUUAUACGCUUACACUCCCGAUGCGCUGUUGCGAAGUAUGAUCGUUUGUCAACAGCUCUGGUGCGACGAAAAUCUUGGUGAACUUGUCAUUGCCGAGAUAAGUCGCUGCUUGGAUCACCCGCCAACUCCUCUCGUGUCGUCAAUUGUUGCACCACUUCUGGCUUUGUUAUCUCCUGGAGUUUCGCUAGUGAAUCCCCUGGAUGAACAGAGAGACAUUUCUCAUUCACCGGAUGACUUGGUCGAUGUCACCAGAAGCCGAUUUCUUGAUGCGACGCGGAAGUCCCUAUACGACUCCGCUGCCGUACUCCGUAAUCGGCUCAAGUUUUUCAUAUCCCGAUAUUGUUCCGUGAGGUCAAUUUUCCACACAAAUUUGAGCCAGGCCAAUGACGCCCCGUUCCCAGAUAAGGAUGGUGCAUUUCUUAAGCGCGUCACAUUGGUGGGGUUAAGGAGUGGAGACGCGGCAUGUGUCCAAUUAGCCCAGCGCGCGACAGAGAAAUUCGGACUCGCUGUAGACAACGAAUCGGUGGCUUUGUUCGAAUUCGAUCUCCGUGAGACUUGCCGUGUUUGUCAGGCUGGGGUUAAAUUCACAGACUAUUCUUCGGCUGUUUGCGCAACCGGACAUGUUUGGGAACGGUGUUCCGUAACAUUGGAACUGCUUGAGAUGCCACAGACGUGUGUUGGGUGCCUCCAAAAAGUAAUAUCGCCAAGCCCUGACACGGAUGGGGUGAUCGGGCUGUCUUGGAUAGCUGGUGAUGUCGUGAAAGCGGCGUUGGGAUGUUUAUUCUGUGGGAGCUCGUUUGCAAAAUUGUUGUGA